AUGAGACAGCAUAUUCCAGAUGGUCCGUUUGACAAAGUUAUUAACCUCAAACCAGAAGAAACCGCGAAGUAUGUAAUAAGUCAGACCAGAAUAACACGUCAAGGAAAAGAUUCCAUAAAAAAAAAACAGGAAGUAUAUGACCACAAACUGUGUGUACUUACAGAUGAAGUAAUAAAUACGGAAUUGUCGAUACCGCUAUUCAUGAUACUUCCGGAUGAAGGUAAGGAGCAAUAG